GGGGAGUAACUCUUUCUUCCAGUCCAAAACAAUGGCGGGAAGUUUGUAAAUAAAGUAUUAAAGGACAUGUCAAACAACAUGAUAGACAGCAUUUCCACAUCAGUGACUGCCAGUAGCUGUAGUGGAGUGGAUGCAGUGGCUGAUGAUGUUGCUGUGUAUGAAACUCAGUACUUUGAUUUCACUCCAAAGUCUUUCUACAAUGGCAUGUAUAAUGCAGUCAGCGAAUACAUAUUUGAAGCUCUUGCUACUAUGGAAAGAGUUCUGGGUGAAGAGUGUCACGAUGUGAUGUCUCCAAGCAGCAUCAAGGAAGCAAUGUCCAGAUUUAAACCCCAUGUGGAUAAAACCAUCAACCGAGCUUUCGACAAGCUUGAGAUAUACUUGGAUGAGAAUAUUUUCCAUAUUCCGAGCAAUGUCGUGUUGCCAGAAGACAAAAUACAGCUGAGUCAUCCAGUGAGCCGAGAGGAGAUGCACAGCCUGGAUAAAGAGAUGGAUGUUCUGAGAAACAAAAUAUUAGCCGUAAAGUACGCCAACAUGUGCAUUGCCCACGAUAUCAAGUCAGCAGAUGAUGCACAUGCCAAGAUUAGUCAGAUGCUCAAACAUAUGAAAGACAUGAGAAACAUCGUCCGAACGGCAGGAAUUUCUGAUAUAAGGGAUACUCUGACCCACUGUGCAGACCAGACAAUGAUGUUAAUGAAGAAUGCGACAUACUUACAGACUGCGACGAGUAUCGACAGCUCAGAGACUUCAUCAGAACCUGUCACAAAAAAAUCCAAGACAUACCCACUUUGAUUUGACAACAGCUGUUGGCCAAGACAGACACGUUUACUAUUACUGCAUGCUUUGGCAAUGUGCGAAAUGUAUAGAUGGUGUCAAAAAAUCAUAGAAUUUCUUCGACACAAAACAGACAUUUGGUUAUUUUUAUAAGUGUUAGAACAUUUAAAAAAAUAUAUUUAUAUUGGCCAAGACAGAGAAGGUUACUAUUAUUGCAUGCUUUGGCAGUGUGCGAAAUGUAAAGCUGUUGUCAAAAAAUAGAAUUUUUUCGACACAAAACAGACGGGCAGCAUUUGAUUAUUUAUAAGUGUUAGAACAAAUAGAAAAAAUAUUUAUAUUAGCUAAGACAGACAAGUUUACUACUGUUGCUUGCUUUCGCAAUGUAUGAAUGAAAUGUAAAACUGGUGUUGAAAAACAGAAUUUCUCAGAACAGGCAACAGUUGGUUAUGUGUCGAAACAUUUAAAAAAAAAAAAAAUUGUUUGUGCCAGUAAUCUACACUGGACCAUCAUUAAUAAAUCAAAAGUGUACGGUCACCAAACAUAUUAAUAAAAUUGUCACAACUCUUU